AUGAAGGUUUUGGAGGGUGGGCCUUGGCUAAUACGAAAAGUUCCGUUGUUUUUGAAUGUUUGGUCACCUAAGGUCACCCUUAAGAAGGAUAGUAUUAAAACUGUUCCAGUAUGGGUAAAGUUGCAUAAUGUUCCGAUUUCAGUUUAUACUGAUGAUGGUCUGAGUUUGCUGGCGUCAAAACUAGGGGUUCCUAAAAGGCUUGAUUCUUACACGGCUGAUAUGUGUGUUGAUAACUGGGGAAGGAGUAGCUAUGCCCGUGCAAUGAUUGAACUUAAUGCUGAUAAUGAGCUUAAGGAUCACAUUACUUUGGCUAUCCCUAAGAUGGAUGAGGAAGGUUUCAUUAUGGAAAGGGUUGAGGUUGAAUAUGAAUGGAAGCCUUUAAGGUGUCCUACAUGUUGCCUGUUUGGUCAUGACCAUGAUUCGUGUAGUAAAAACAUUAAGGAGAAGGCAAAGCAGGUUGUUGUUGAUGAGGAUGGAUUUGUUACGGACAGGAGGCGAGUGGCUAAACACGAUAACCAAGCGUCUAGUAGUGGGCCAUCAACGGUGAAAGUGUCAAACUCAUUUCAGGCUUUAGAUUCAGAGGGUGAUGCUGAUCGACCAAAAGAGGAUAGUGUUCCGGUUCAUCAGGAAAGAUUUACUGAGAAGGUUACCAGGCUAAGCGAUGAGGUUCAAGAGGCUUUACCUACGGAAAUGUCAAAAUUUAUGGCUAGCAAUGUUAAGGGUUCUCAUUCUGAGGGGGCAAGCACUCCCGGUUAUACCGGUUUUUAA